AUGGGAGGUGGCUGGUGGUGGGCUCGGGUCGCCCGCCUGGCCCGACUCCGCUUCCGGGGGCCGCUGCUGCCGCCACCGCGGCCCCGAAGCGGGGGUUCCCGGGGGUCCUUCGCACCCGGCCACGGUCCCCGCGCUGCGGCUUCGCCGCCCCCCGUGUCGGACCUAGAUCGUGCAGACGCCUGGCUCCUUCGGAAGGCGCAUGAGACAGCCUUCCUCUCUUGGUUCCGAAAUGGCCUCUUGGCCUCAGGCAUUGGGGUCAUCUCCUUCAUGCAGAGUGACAUGGGUCGGGAAGCAGCCUACGGCUUCUUCUUAUUGGGCGGCCUGUGCGUGGUGUGGGGCGGUGCCUCCUACGCCGUGGGCCUCGCGGCGCUGCGGGGACCCAUGCAGCUCUCUGUUGGGGGCGCAGCCGCAGGAAUCGGGGCCGUGCUGGCGGCCGGUCUGCUCUGGGCCUGCGCAGUCGGUCUCUACAUGGGCCAGCUGGAGUUGGACGUGGAGCUGGUGCCUGAGGACGAGGGGGCGGCUGCCGCUGAAGGCCCGGACGAGGCCGGCCGGCCACCGCCCGAGUGA